CCUAGAUGUAGAGAGAGAAAACAAAAUCACGAAUUGAUGUUUUAUUCUGAUGUUGAAAGAUCGAUCUCCCCUCCCCAGAUGUUCUUCCUCCCCGAGACAAUGGAUCCGGAAACAAUAGAUAUCUUUGUACAAGAUCAUCUCUCCGUUGAGGAAUUCGACAUUGAUUUCGAAUUCGACGCACCUCGAUUCUACGACUUCUCCAAACCGGAACUCGAUUCAGAAACAGAGGAAACAGAGCUUUGGUUUGAAUCCGCUGGAAACUAUCCUCCUUCCCCGUUUAGUCUAACGUUGAGCUCGAGAUACGAAGAUAUCCCCAAACCGAUCUCAGAUCAAUACAACGGGUUCAUAUAUUACAACCAAGCUGAUAAAGAUGUUCCCAAUGCGACGCAAAAGUCUAGAACCAAAAUUUUUUUACGGAAGAACUCAACUUUGACGAGACCCACUGCUUCUUUGUUGGCAAGACAGAACAAACAACCUCUCGACAUUUACUCUGUUCGGCUUCUCACAAGAUGUCAGAGAUCAUUAGGAAAUUUGAAUGAGAAGUACUCCUCUCUCUUAUACUCUAUGCCUCAAACCCAAGAUAACAAAAGGCAAAAACUCGAAACUGGCUUCUCCCGCAAGAUAUCUCGGCUGGACCAAACUCCUUUUGUACAUAAGGUUCCAAGGAAGGGGUCCAAAAUCACUGUUCCAAAGGAACCUAACCUCAAGACUGCUCAAAGGGCUACAAGACACCGAUUUAAGGCUAAGUCAGCACCUGAGCAGAUCGCAAAUUUCAGCUCCAGUAUGAAUAAAACAGUUCAAGAAACUUCUUCACCAUCUUUGCCUAAAAAGAAUACGCCUCACCCCAAAGAUUUACAGGCAUUUCAUUUAAGGACAUCUCUUAGAGCGAGGGAACGAUCUGCCAGUGCUAAAAAUGCACCAACCGAUGAUCCUAUACGCUCCUUAACUGCAAAGUCCGAUGGUUCCAGGAAGGGUAGGAGAGUCAAGGAAUCUCGUAGGUCAAAGACAAAUUGUCAAAUUUAUGAAUCUAAGAUUUGCCCUCUAGACUCAAACGUGAUGCAGAAAUCAAGCAAAUGCGGUGAAGCAAUCGACAUCAAACAUGAAAACAAUUUACUAAGGGAAUUUGAAGUUCCAAAGGACACAAUUUUUCGAUAUGAACCCUUUAUUGAAUCUCUCAGCAAACUAUGUCUCACUUCAAAUACUGACUCAGUCUCGGUACUUUUAGAUUAG